AGAUGUCAUCUAUACAUCGUAGAUAUACAGCUCUAAAAAUUUGGUGACAUUGAUUCAGAUUCAGAAGAGAAAAUCGUUGUACGCUGACCUUGUCAAAUUAUUGGAGAAUAAAGUAUUUUAUGCAAGGUGUAAGAAAUUAAUUAAAAAAUGCUACAAGUCGAUGACAGAAAGAAUGAAUUGAGACUAUUCAUGGAAUAUUAUAACACGAUGAAUAAAUGGGAGAUUUAUUAAAUCGAGAAAGGAAGCAAGUAAUCAUCCGAGGAGUAAUUAAAGAAAAGAAUGCUUAUCGUACAAACGCACGUGGUCAUCAACGUAGUCCUUCAGAUACACAGGCAUUUCGUCAACGAACAAAAAGAGAUGCCGAGAAUGAAUUACAGCAGGAAUUACAAAAAUUAACGGGCACUGCCCCCGAAAAUAGAAAAGAAGAAUUUAGCAGGCAAUUUGAAGGAUUUGCGAAUCUUUUCAAACGAUUUCUAGAAGAAGAAGGACCAUCGUUAGAAUGGGAUCGUAUUCAAAAAUUACCGGAAAAUGCUAUACAUAAUUAUAAUAGCCUUUCUGAUCCUAGCAAUGAAGAAAUCAAGGCUAUGUUAAGUAAACUAAUAGUUGUUAAAUUGAAUGGUGGACUAGGUACAAGUAUGGGUUGUCAUGGACCAAAAUCAGUGAUAGCAGUUCGCAAUGGAUUGACAUUUCUUGAUUUAACUGUUCAACAAAUCGAGUACUUAAAUAGAACAUAUAAUGCGAAUGUGCCACUUGUUUUGAUGAACUCCUUCAACACAGAUGAGGAUACCCAACGAAUCAUCAGAAAAUAUAAAGGAAUAGAUGUUGCUAUUCAUACUUUUAAUCAAAGUUGCUAUCCUCGUAUUAAUAGAGAAUCGUUUCUUCCUCUUGCAAAACAUUGCAAUGUAAAUCAAGAUAUGGAAGCUUGGUAUCCACCUGGUCAUGGAGAUUUCUAUGAAAGCUUUAAAAAUUCUGGUCUACUUAAAAGAUUCAUUAAGGAGGGUCGUGAAUAUUGCUUUAUUUCGAAUAUUGAUAAUUUAGGUGCAACUGUAGAUUUAAGAAUAUUAAAGUUGCUACUAGAUAAAGGGCAUAGCUCCUCUCCUGAAUUUGUUAUGGAAGUAACAGAUAAAACCAGAGCAGAUGUUAAGGGUGGAACACUUAUUCAAUAUGAAGAUAAACUUCGACUUUUAGAAAUUGCACAAGUUCCUAAAGAUCAUGUAGAUGAGUUUAAAUCCGUGCAAACAUUUAAAUUUUUUAAUACUAACAAUCUUUGGGUUAAACUUGAUGCUAUCGAGAGAGUAUUAGAAAAUAGUUCGCUCAAUAUGGAAAUUAUUGUUAAUAACAAAACACAACCUAAUGGUUUAAAUAUUAUUCAACUGGAAACAGCUGUGGGUGCUGCAAUGAAAUCUUUUGAGGGAAGUAUUGGUAUAAAUGUACCACGUAGCAGAUUUUUACCUGUUAAGAAAACAUCUGAUUUAAUGCUUGUGAUGAGUAAUCUUUACAUACUUCGUAAUGGAUCUUUAGUAAUGAGUCCACAACGGAUGUUUCCCACUACACCUCUUAUAAAACUGGGUGAUAAUCAUUUUUCGAAGGUAAAAGAAUUUCUUACCAGAUUUCCAACAAUACCAGAUCUUUUGGAAUUGGAUCAUUUAACAGUAUCAGGUGACGUAACAUUUGGUAAAGGUGUUUGCUUGAAAGGUACUGUCAUCAUUAUUGCUAAUCAUGGAGAACGUAUAGAUCUUCCAUCUGGAACUAUCUUGGAGAAUAAAAUAGUAUCUGGAAAUUUACGUAUAUUAGAUCAUUAAUGCAUAUUCAUAUCAAUCUUGAUAGGCUUGCACAAACUGCAGAAGCACACAUAAUUGUAAAUGCUUUUCAUUAUAUUUUAGAUGAAUUUAACUAGUCAAAUAAAUUGUAUAUAGGGAUAUAUCAAAUGAGAUUUGAAAUUAUACAAUCUAAAUUGUAUGUAUGGCUGGCUGUAAAAUAUAGAUGCAAUGAUGCAAUGGUAAA